AUGGGAAGUGCUUGGAGGCUUUUGUUUUCUUUGUUUUGCAUUCAAAUCCUUGCAGCGAGUGUGGUUGCAAGGAAUAUAGUGAGUGUGCGGUAUGACGAGGAGGGAAAGAACUUAGCUUUUGGGAAGGGAGGGGGAUUUGGCGGUGAAGGUGGUGGUUUUGGAGGCGGUGUUGGUAGUGGUCUUGGGAGUGGUCUUGGUGGUGGCAUUGGUAAAAGUGGCAGGGUACGCGGUGGUGGAGCUGGUGGUGGCUUUGGAAAAGGACGACGCAUUCUUAAGGGGGGUGGGGGUGGGGGUGGGGGUGGGGGUCGUGGUGGAGGAAGAGCUGGUGGUGGCAAGCAUGGUGAAUUCCAUGGUGGUGUACAUGGUGGAGCUAGGGGUAGAGUUCACAGCAAUGCUGGUGGUGGACUUGGAAAAGGUGCACUACAACAGACAGUGUUAUUAAUGGCAUUUUAUUGCACUUUUGCCAUAUUCCUAUAA